CGAGAUCGGAAUCUCGGUCUCUGUUAAGUCUGAUGGUUGUUUAGGGACGCCUCUUUUAACUGAAGACGAACAGGUCUCACUCUCUCUCUGGUCUUUUUCUUCCUCCUUUCGAUAUUCAGUUACUGUUAUACGGCUUAGGGCUAUGAGGCCUCGAGUGUUCAAGAGCAGAGGAAUCUCUCUUUGUAAUAAAUGUUCAUCAUGGAAAACGUUUCUUUCUGAAAGCCUCGUUUUCUUAUUGUUAUUUAAGGGCAUAGACAGACUAGGCGGCCGCCUAGGACCCCGAUUCAUUCCACCGAUCAAUGAGUUAAAUUUCUGUCAUCAGAAAUAAACGUUUCCAUGAUCGAAGGUAAAUCACUGAUUAAAUCAACACAUCAAAUUACAUUAUAAUCAGUAUAUCAAGCUGGUAAUUUUUCUUAUCGUUCGAAUUAACGAAAACAAUGAAAUCUGAUCAUUGCAUCGACUUUGAUUGAGUUUAUCGUUUCAAGUGAAACUCGAAUUACACUUUGAUUAGUGUUCGAGAAAGAAAGAUACAGAGAUAGAAGUUUGUACAAGUUUAUCCGACCGCAGAAAAACGUUGCGCAACUCUAGAAAAGUAAUAACAAGCAGGCUAGAGGUAUUCGACGAUAUUUGCAAUUGAAGUAGAUUGCGUGUAACUGCUAUGUAAUAGAUUAAUUGGUAGGAAUAGUUCGUUGCCGAUCGGUUAGGUUGGUCAAAACGCAUUGGCAGUUGUCGAAAUCUUAGGAUGAAGAACACGCUUCUGACAAUUCUUUUUUACUCGUCCCUCAAGUUUUUCACGGAAGUGCGUUCCAUCGCGAGCUCUUCUUUGGUCGACAUGAAUAACUCCACUCUAAAAUCGAGAAUCGUUCUACCAGAGCACUAUGUGAAAGAGAUCAGACCACCGGCGAAACGAGGUACGCCAGUGACAGUGGACUUCAAUAUCUUCGUGGCUGAUAUCAAUUCCAUAAACGUGGAGGAUAUGGAUUUUCGAGUGGAUAUGUUCGUUCGUCAGAGUUGGAUCGAGUCUCGACUCGAGAUGCCGGAAGAUAUUUUCGAAGAGGGUGACGAUUACGUGACUUUACCUCCAGAGUUUUUUGACAACCUCUGGCAGCCAGACCCUUACUUCUUGAAUGCAAAAGUUUCUGAAAUUGCCGCGUUGAAUCACAAGUUCUCCUCGGUUACAUUGUACAGAAAUAAAACUGUGAAGUAUUCGGCUCGAAUGCACGCCAUCAUUGCUUGCCAAAUGGAAUUUCAACUCUAUCCAAUGGACAUUCAAACUUGUCCUAUCUACAUAGAAAGUUUUUCCUAUCACAAACAGAAGGUACGCUUGAGAUGGGGAGCGGGUGAUGUGACGGUGAACCCAGAAAUGAAGUUGUUGCAAUACGAUAUUGGGAAGCCCAGGGUUGCUGAAGAAACUAUUGAUUAUAUGAUGGAGAAAAGUGGGAACUUCUCAAGAUUAGUGGUUUAUUUCCGCUUCGAGAGACAAAUUGGUCAUCAUCUGAUACAGACAUUCGCUCCAUCAACCCUGGUGGUGAUGCUGUCUUGGUUCAGCUUUUGGUUGGGUCUCGAUGCGAUUCCUGGACGGGUAGCUCUACUGGUGACCAGCAUGCUCACCCUAGUCACCAUGUUCACUGGUCUGAAAAGUGACAUUCCUCCAGUUGCUUAUGUAAAAGCACUGGACGUUUGGAUGGCUGGUUGUAUGAUGUUUGUAUUCGCUGCUCUUGGUGAAUUUGUUGUGGUCAAGGUGCUUGAUUUGCGCAAUCAGUUGGAAUACGAUCUUCAAACAUCUCUAUUAUCCCGGCAUUACUCAACACGUAUAAUUGCUAUGGAAAAAGGCCAAAGCAUUUGGGACUAUGAUGCAACGUAUAUGCCAAAAACAAAGAAUAACAGAGCUGGUAGCAAGCAUCUUUUACAAAAUGCAUGGAUAGAUCACGAGUAUCCGAUAAUACGUAUGUAUAAAACGCGAUCACAAAAGAUUGACACUUACAGUAGAAUAGGUUUCCCUAUAUUAUUUAUGCUAUUUAUCGUUUUAUAUUGGCCAAUACUAUUGCUUAAGAAAGCAGCUUAAGCCUUCUGAUGCAUAAUAAAAAUGUAUAAAUUAUUAGCAAAGUUCACCGAUCGAAUUAUUGUACUUCACUGCAUCGAAGUACGCUAUAACAUGUUUUAAGAACGUUUCAUGAAAUAUAGUAC